GCCCCGCCCCCUCGGUGGCGCCCGUUUCCAUGGUGACGGGGCGCCAGGCCCAGGCCGCCUGGCAGUUGAGCCGGGGGUCAGUGGCAGCGGCAGGGUACGUGGGGAUGGCAAUAUGAUCGGUGCGGGGGUGGCGGCCGGGUCGCGGCCCCCCAGCUCGCCGACCCCAGGCUCCCGGGUUACAUGGCGCCGGCGCCAGCGCCCCGCUGUGGGCGUCCAGUCCCUGGGGCCGCCGAGCCCGCAGCUCGUGCAGAGCGACCCGCAGAAGCGGGUCCUGGUCCUGGAGAAGAGCCUGCAGUUCCUGCAGCAGCAGCACUCGGAGACUCUGGUCAAGCUCCACGAGGAGAUCGAGCACCUGAAGCGGGAGAACAAGGAGCUCCAUUACAAGCUCAUAAUGAAUCAGAAGUUACAGAAGAAAGGCAGCCUCUCCAUGUCAAGCUUCCAGUCUGUCAAGUCCAUGUCAAAUUCCACGGUGCCAGCCAACUCUCAAGGCAAGGCCAGGCCCCAGCCCAGCUCCUUCAAGAAGCAAGACUUGAAAGCUGAUGUCCCCCAGAAAGUGGACCUGGAAGAGGAGCCCCUACUUCACCACAGCACGCUGGACAAGGUUCCUGGGGUGCAAGGGCAGGUCAAAGACGAGAAGGCAGAGGCCUCUCACGCAGGGGCUGCCUGUGCAGGGGGCAGCCAAUACCAGGGCAGGCAGAUGAUGGGGGUGUACCCCCCGAUGACUCUGCCCCCUCACCUGCGAAAGCCCACCACACUUCAGCAGUGCGAAGUGCUCAUCCGCCAGCUGUGGAAUGCCAACCUCCUGCAGGCCCAAGAGCUGCAGCACCUCAAGUCCCUCCUGGAAGGGAGCCAGAGGCCCCAGGUGGUCCCAGAGGAGGCUGGAUCUAGCUCUCCCAGGGACCAGGAAGCCAUGCAGUUCCCCAAGAUCUCCACCAAGAGCCUCCCCAAGAAAUGCACACUCCUCUCCGGGGAUGCUCACGGAGACAGUCCCUCUACCCACCCCAGCCUGCUUCUGAGCCCCAUGCCUAUAGCGGAGCGUGCCAUCCUGCCUGCACUGAAGCACACCCUGAAGAACAACUUUGCUGAGCGGCAGAAGAGGCUGCAGGCAAUGCAGAAACGGCGCCUGCACCGCUCCGUGCUUUGAGCCGCCCACGUUCGGUCAGUGCCAGGCCCACCACCCUGCAGAUGGAGACUGGCUUUCUAUAGCAUUUCCCAAUACUUUACUACUCUUAAGCCCAGCUGAAUUCCAGGAUAGAUGACACUUGAUAGAUAAAGUACUUGAUCUCCAAACUGACAAACCAUUUAUUUUCUAGCUGUUAUUUUGCUAUUUGGUAUUUACAUAAAAGCACCUGAUGAAGUAGGUAUUGCCCUACCCAUUGAAACUAAAAAUAAAGCAUUUCUUUCCAAGUUG